AUGUUGAUGUUAACUUCAAAACUAUCGGUGCUCGCUGCCAUUCUAUCCCCAGCAUUUGCAUGCUUGGGGUAUGAAGGCGGAGUUCCGACUCCCACGGCCACAUACAGCAACUCAGCAGUCAUUGAGAUCGGGGCAGGUGAAACCUUUGAUGCUGGUUGGGCUAAAUACGACAGAGGCUCGGGCGCGUGCACUGAGCAAGCUGAGGGCGGUGAUUCCGAUGCUGUAUUCCUUUUGAGAUCCGGUGCCACGCUCAAGAAUGUCAUCAUUGGGGCGAACCAGGCCGAAGGCGUUCACUGCGACGGUCCAUGCACGCUCGAGUUUGUCUGGUUUGAGGAUGUUUGCGAGGAUGCCAUAACUAUUAAAAAUGACGAGGCCGGCGAAGAGACCUGGAUCAUUGGCGGCGGUGCAUACUACGCAUCUGAUAAGAUCGUGCAACACAAUGGUUGUGGAACAGUCAACAUCAUCAAUUUCUACGCCUAUGACUAUGGAAAGGUGUAUCGUUCGUGUGGAAACUGCGACAGUCAGUGCCAGCGCAACGUCUACGUCGAGGGAACAACUGCCUAUAACGGGGGAGCCGUCGUCGGUAUCAAUUCCAACUAUGGCGACACGGCAACCUUGGUCAACGUCUGUACUGAUUAUGCGCACCCUUGCGUCAUGUAUAUCGGCAACGAUGAUGGAGACGAGCCAACUCAAUCAGGUUACUGCUCUGGUUGA